ACUGACACUUAGUCCCCGGAAUCUCUAUUUCCGUCAAAUAAGCUGACACAACACAACCCAACCUUUCUUUUCUUUUCUUUCCUCCUUUCAUUGUUUCUCAUUAUAUAUAACAUCUCUUGUUUGUUUACUUACACCCAAUAAUAAAAGCAGAGUAACCCUUCAAUUGCUGGCUGGAGCUACAAGUGCCGUGAAAUUAACCUUUGCAGCAUAGUAGGCACCACUUAGCACUGCCAACCCUUACUUUCUUAAUUUCUCUUGUGUUGUGUGUAUUUUUGGAUUCUCAAACCUUACCAUUAUUAUUAUAUGGAUAAUAAUAAUAUUUAUUCUUACUCUCCCAUCAUCAUAAUCCUCCGAUCCUUUCUGCAAUUAUUCUUUUUUAAUACUAUUACUAUCAUAGUGUUCCCUCUUUUAAUACUAAUUGUUUCUCUUCUGAUGCUCCUUUCUUAAAGGCAGUGAGUGAGGACUCUAUUCUUAGACUAGUGUUCUUUCAUACACGCUUUAAUUAUGAAUCAAAGAAAGGCAAGAGUUCUCUAUUAGCACCUGGUCCGGUCCCCAAAAUCUAUGUUUAUUUGCUUCCUCUUCCUUGCACCCUAGUUAUAUAUGUUCCAAACUCACCUUUCUUUGCUUUCCCUUAAAAGCAUUCUAAAAGUUAAUCUAUUAUUAUGUUCAUGCAUGGUGAAGUAUCAGUUACUUAGAAACAUUGCCUUUUGAGGUUGUUGCUGUUCUGUUUCAAGUUAUAUAAUGGGAAUCCUGCUGCUUGUGCAUUUAGUUUUACUUUAGUUUCACUCAAUCCAAAUAAGAAAACAAAAGUACUCUAGACUCUAGUUAGUGGUUACCUUUGUAUGAAUGAAGUUUUCAACAUUGGUUCAGACUUUAUAGAGGUAGCAUGUAUAGCUUCAUUGCUUCACCAAUAUCCCAAUUCCCAUACCAAUGCAUUGUCCUGUACGUGUCUUCAAAGAAGCUAGUGUUUGGAAACUAACUUUUAACGUGAUAAACCAGUUUUAGCUUAGCUUACUUUAAAUGUAAUGUCAUCCACACUACACUAGCAGUCUAUGGCAGCUGAAAAUAGUUAAAAGCACUGCUUGUGCAUGUGGCUACUAUAGGGUCAAACGUUUUGGUGGCCUAUAGCUAGCCCUUAAUUCAAAGCCUGUUUGUUAUAGUAUAAUUCCCAUUUACAGUAUAUUAUAUUAUGUGUGCUGAUUGCAAGCAGGGAAAGGUGAGGUUCAGUUCAUAGUUGAAGUUGGUGUAGUUGGAGCACACACAGUUGUUGCAGGCAUUAAAAGCAAAGGCAGCAGUUACAACAAUCCUCACGGAUACUGCAUAGUGAUAUAUACAUACAUAUAUAUAUAUAUAUAUAUAUAUAUAUAUAUAUAUAUAUAUAUAUAUAUAUAUAUGCCGUAAAGCGCAAGAACUACUUGACAAGUGCAAUGAAGGAUCCAGUGGAGGAUCAAGUGAAAUCUAGGAGUGCACUGCAGAAACCCAAAGACCAUAGAAGAAGAGAUAGAAGAAGAAGAAGCCAAUGCAAACAAGAGAAAUUACAAGAAACAGGACUUGACACACAAUUGGUUUCCUCUGCUUGCAAAAGUCUUGUGUUUCCUGCAAGGCCUGGCUAUGGCCAGCUGGGGACAAAGUGUCUGGUCAAAGCCAACCACUUCCUGGCAGAUAUAUCAGCAUCUGAUUUGAGCCAUUACAAUGUUAAAAUAACACCUGAGGUUACUUCUCGUAAGACAAGCAAAGCCAUCAUAGCUGAGUUAGUGAGGCUUCACAGGAACACUGACUUGGGGAUGAGGCUUCCUGUUUAUGAUGGAGGAAGAAAUCUCUACACUGCUGGCUUGCUUCCUUUUGCAUUCAAAGAGUUCACCAUACUACUGAGCAAGGAUGAUGAGGGCACUGGUUCUACCAGGGAAAAAGAAUUUGAAGUGGUGAUCAAGUUUGCAGCUCGUGUUAGCAUGCAUCAAUUACGUGAGCUUCUGAGUGGGAAACAAGUGGACACCCCACAAGAGGCGCUUACUGUCAUUGACAUUGUAUUGAGGGAGCUUGCGACUCAGAGCUACGUGUCAAUUGGGAGGUUUCUCUAUUCUCCGAAUUUAAGAAAACCACAGCAGCUAGGUGGUGGCCUGGAAUCAUGGCGCGGCUUCUACCAGAGUAUAAGGCCAACUCAGAUGGGAUUGUCACUUAAUAUUGACAUGUCAUCAAUGGCGUUUAUUGAACCACUUCCUGUAAUUGACUUUGUUGCUCAAAUUUUGGGAAAAGAUGUUCUCUCAAAGCCAUUGUCAGAUGCAGAUCGUGUCAAGAUUAAGAAAGCCUUAAGAGGUGUGAAAGUAGAAGUUACACAUAGAGGAAGUUUUCGAAGGAAGUACAGGAUUACAGGAUUGACAUCACAGCCUACAAGGGAGCUUAGUUUCCCCGUCGAUGAGAAAAUGAACAUGAAAUCAGUAGUUGAUUACUUUCAAGAAAUGUAUGGAUAUACAAUCAUAUAUUCUCAUCUACCCUGCCUUCAAGUAGGAAGCCAAAAGAAGGUGAACUAUUUGCCUAUGGAGGCAUGUAAGAUAGUUGGGGGUCAGAGAUAUACAAAAGGGCUUAACGAAAAGCAGAUAACUUCUCUGCUAAAGGUCUCAUGCCAGAGACCACGUGAACAAGAGACAGAUAUUCUCCAGACAAUUCACGAAACUGAUUAUGAGUAUAAUCCCUAUGCAAAGGAGUUUGGGAUCAGCAUUGACAGCAAGCUUGCAUCAGUUGAGGCUCGGGUUCUUCCUGCUCCAUGGUUGAAAUAUCACGAGACUGGAAGGGAGAAAGAAUACUUGCCACAAGUUGGUCAAUGGAACAUGAUGAACAAGAAAGUUAUAAACGGAAGCACUGUAAGAUAUUGGGCAUGCAUUAAUUUCUCCCGAAGUAUCCAAGAAAGUAUUGCUCGCGGGUUUUGCCAACAGUUAGUUCAAAUGUGCCAAAUCUCAGGCAUGGAAUUUAGUCUAGACCCUGUGAUUCCUAUAUAUUCAGCAAGACCUGAUCUGGUAAAGAAAGCCUUGAAGUACGUACAUUCUGCUGUACUUGAUAAACUUAGUGGGAAAGAACUAGAGUUGCUGAUUGCCAUUCUUCCAGACAACAAUGGCUCUCUGUAUGGUGAUCUCAAAAGAAUCUGUGAAACAGAUCUGGGGUUGAUUUCUCAGUGCUGUCUUACAAAACACGUAUUCAAGAUCAAUAGACAGUAUUUGGCAAAUGUGGCGCUGAAGAUCAAUGUUAAGAUGGGAGGAAGGAACACAGUACUUUUGGAUGCGCUAAGUUGGAGAAUCCCAUUGGUUAGUGACAUUCCAACAAUAAUUUUUGGAGCAGAUGUAACUCAUCCAGAAUCUGGAGAGGACCCUUGUCCAUCCAUUGCUGCUGUUGUAGCCUCCCAGGACUGGCCAGAAGUGACAAAAUAUGCAGGAUUGGUAUGUGCUCAGCCUCAUCGCGAGGAACUCAUUCAAGACCUUUUUAAAUGUUGGAAGAAUCCUCAUCACGGUAUAGUUUAUGGUGGCAUGAUCAGAGAGCUGUUACUCUCUUUUAAGAAGGCAACUGGACAAAAACCAUUGAGGAUAAUAUUUUACAGGGAUGGGGUAAGUGAAGGACAGUUCUACCAGGUUUUGUUGCAUGAGCUUGAUGCCAUCCGUAAGGCUUGUGCAUCUUUGGAACCUAGUUACCAACCUCCUGUAACAUUUGUUGUGGUUCAAAAGCGGCAUCACACUAGACUCUUCUCAAACAAUCAUGACGACAGAAAUAGCACUGAUAAGAGUGGGAAUAUCUUACCUGGUACUGUGGUGGAUUCUAAGAUCUGUCAUCCUACGGAAUUCGACUUCUAUUUAUGUAGUCAUGCAGGAAUUCAGGGUACAAGUAGACCAGCUCAUUAUCAUGUUCUGUGGGACGAGAACAAUUUCACUGCUGAUGAGAUCCAAUCUCUGACCAACAACUUGUGCUACACCUAUGCAAGAUGUACACGAUCGGUUUCUGUAGUGCCUCCUGCGUACUAUGCUCAUUUGGCAGCUUACAGAGCUCGAUUCUACAUGGAACCUAAUGUCCAUGAAAUUGCUAAAGCUCGAGGUGGAAGAUCAAAAGAUGAGUCAGUUCGGCCACUGCCAGCUCUGAAAGAGAAGGUGAAGAAUGUAAUGUUUUACUGUUGAAUGAGACACAAUAGAGAGACAUCAAAGUAGAGAAACAACAGCAUGUGUAGGAAAAAGGAAAUUAAAUUAGUAGAGGCGAGAAAGCUCCAGAUGUUACAAGCUAACCUGUUCAUAAUUCAUAAUUCUCAGCAUGGAAAAUUUUGACAAAGUCUAGGUUGUUUUCCAGUAUUUCUAGUGCUUAGGAAGGUAAUACCUCUUAUUUAGAAAUUAUUGGUGUACCGAUUUUCUAGCUUCAAUUAAUACAAAUCAUCCUAAAUCCUAAUUAAA